AAUAAAUACCACAUGAGUUUAGAUAGAACAGUGGCAACCUGUCGGUUCCCGUACCCGUUAUUAGAUGACAACUUUAUAUUUAAGAAGGAUUCUCAAUACUAUGCGCACUUCUAUAGGGAUCUGGCAUGAUGGAUCCAUUAUAUGCCAUGUAAAAUAAACUAAGAUGAGCCAAAGUAAUCAUCUUUGCAAGAAAGGAAGAGUGAAAUAACAUUGCCUGGCUGUAGACUAUGUUGAAGGAAUACGAAUAUCUUCUCCCAUCUUUCCUGUGAGAAAAAGGACUUGGAAGAUGAAACUCCAACUGAGCAGAUGACAAUUGCAAUAUAUCAAAACAGAUAUGCUGGGGCUGCAGCUCGGUGGAAAAGCCUGAUUAGCAUGUUUGGCAGGCCAUGCAAAUGAAAAUUGCAUUCUCUACAAAUUGCCUAGCAGGCAGGUGAAAUCACAGCUUCCUGAGUUAGUGUAUCUGUCUGUGAGUCUCAGUGCUAUGUAUGCAAGUUGCAUCUUGAUUUCCAAACACAGAGACCUGCCCAAAAGUUGCCCAACAGGCUCUGUAAAUUAGGUCACUCGCACUGGAGAGGAACAUCUUUUGAAGUUGCUCGGUGACUAGACCUCUUUCCCAUUAACAGGAAAUGAAAGCUUGCAUGAAUCUGCCAACCUUUGAAGCUCGGUAAUGGAAGUGAGCAACCACAGCAAGUUACAUAUUGGUUCAAAGGAGCUAGAUAAUUUCCGACCAUCAAAAAAGAUUUAGCAAGAUGUAAUCUGGUUGAAACUAAAAAGCAACUUCUGAUUUAUGAGAAAAGCUUUGUGGUCUAUUGUUUUGCCAUGUGCACCGGAAAUAAACACGGGGAGCAAUCAGUAAGACGGUAACUUGGUACUGAUUUCUUUAAGAGUAACUUCUGUGAGCUCAUUUGAGCUUACCUUCCAGAUAGCACCAAACAUAGUACUACAAUGCAGGAAGGCUUCAGGAAAAAAUAUGGAACUUCCGGAAAAUAUAUUAUAAGCCCAAAGAAUCUGAUAGAAUUAUUUGAUGAUGAGAAAGAAGAGAAAAGGGAGAAAGCAGCACACAUCAUUCAAAAAACCUGGAAAAAAUGGCUGGAUAUGGGUGUAUUUGAAUACUAUAAAGAGCUUAUAGGCUUUAAGCAAUAUGGAGAACCUUGCCAUCUUAUGAAGUACAUUGAGCCUAGAGAGGCAGAAUUUUUAGAUGCUGCAGCAGGAGUUCAUAUUAAAUUCAGACUAGGUGGGGAAAAGUUUCCUCCCAGCAUAUACUAUAAAAUAUUUACUCAUAGACCUAUUGUGGAUUUGUGCGCAAAUAGUCCCAAAGACUACGCAAAGAUUGCAACCAAACCAAAUCCAAGGAAGUUGGAGAAAGGGAGCGUCAAUGAAAGUACUGGUGACUGGUAUAAACGCAUCGAGAAUAAUGGAUGGCGACUUCUUUCCAUUAGAUAUUGGAAGGGUGUGGACUCUGUAACAACGAAAGACAAUACCAAAAUACAGGAAUUCCAUCAUUCUCCUAAGCAGAGGAAACGGAACAUGGCGAAAAGAAGAAAGGCAAGAAAAAUCGAAUGGCUGAGAAAAAUGUACUUUGGCGAAAAUCUGAAAGUUAAAACACAGAAUCCUGAGGCAACUGCUUUAAUUCAGAGAGCAACAGAAGGGCUAAUCAAGUCCUUGGAGAAGGAAGGAAUAGAUCAAGUGAUGGAAUGGGAAGUAGAUGAGAUGUUAAAGUGGACAAAUGCAUUGAAUUAUGACGAAUAUGUUAAACUAUGGAAAGAAGUUGGAACAAGCAAGACUUCAGAAAGUUUUAAAGCUUUCCAGUUUACUCAACAACACUAUAACGUUUCUGAACUGAUACCAAAGGAUAUCCAAGAAAUAAUGCGAUCUCAGCUAAUGUAGACUAAAAGAGAGACCUAUUAUCAACUCACUUUAAUAGGUGCAGAAGAAAAAAAAAACACAUCUGACAACUGAACAUUCAUCAGUCACAACAGUAUCAACAUAAAACUUCAGGAGACAAAUAGAAACUCAGUAUAAAAAGAUGAAAUCUAUGCAUUUGUCAAGUUAAUGUGCCUUAACACAUUAACAUAAAAUGUAAUGAAUGUAAAGAAAUUUGAAAUUAAAUUUAUUUAGUUUCCUAGUGAA